AUGAGGCUGUUAACUCACAAUCUGUUGAUGUGCAACAAGAAGGGAGUGGAGAACGGGUUUCCGUUGAAGAUAAAGCCACAAAGGGUCAUCUACGAAGAGACGGAGUACAACCCAACCUUCACGACAGCGAUGAUAAGGAAAAUCGAAUACCCAGCACUCUUGGAAGCGAUAGAGUACUGCUGAUAUUAUAUGAUAAUUAUGAAUUUUUUUACGAUGUUUGAUGAACCAAACUAACAGAAAUUAUUCUCGAACAUCAUAGUAAUGAUGUCGAUGAUGAGGAACUUGAAAAGUUACUUGUACUGGCACACUGGCUCUUCAUCUACUAAAACCUACAACUCCAAUUUGUUACAAAACAGGGAUCUCCGAUCUUGCUCUAUAGUACGAGAAGACGGCGGACCGCAGCAAAUAAACGCUGAUAGCAGUACAAAGGUUGAACUUCCGAGUUUGCCAAAGGAGAUGCCGGUGAAUUGGGAGACUAAUGAAGAAUUUCUUCAAAUGAUGCAUCUAGUUUUGCAGGAUGUCUUACUCAUGGACGGAGCCCUCAUCUGCCCAGAAAGCGGUCGGGCGUUUCCCGUUGAAAAGGGGAUACCAAAUAUGCUCCUCCAUGAUGAUGAGAUCUAAGUUGACAGUAACAGUAUGUACUAUAUUAUGUUGACAGUAUGUACCGCUACCGAUAACGUGAGGAUCAUGAUGUCUUCAGUGCUGUUGUCGCGCUGGAACUGGAAACCUUAAAUUUUAUUGUUUUUCAUCUGGGAAAUAUGAACUAUCCGAAUUUCUCCAACGACCAUUGCGCAGAACACUGAAAUUGAUCAAGCAUUGCACCGAACCAUUGAAGUGCUAAAUCCGCUCACUAACGACCACUAAGCAAGAAU